AUGGAGAAUAAUUAUACUUUCUUCAGCUUCUCUACUCUGCUAAUUAUAAUACUCAGCACCAUUGACAACAAUAAAACUUACUUAGCCGCCACAACCGACAAAAACGCACUCGUCAAAUUCAAAACUUCCAUCACCUCCGAUCCUUACCGUCUCUUGGACACAAACUGGUCGACCGACACAAAUUCAUCCGUUUGUCAAUGGAUUGGUGUUUCGUGCGGCACCAAACACAAUAACAGAGUCACGGGCCUUAACAUUUCCAGUUUUGGCCUCGGAGGAACUCUGUCCCCACAUCUUGGGAACUUGACGUUUUUAAGAUACUUAGACAUCAGUUAUAAUACUUUCGCAGGGCCCAUACCCAGUGAGCUGUCUCGUCUGAGCCGCCUGAGGUCUAUAUACCUUUCUAGUAACAACUUGACAGGCUCCAUACCCCAAGAGCUGUCCCGUUUGCAAGGCCUGCAAAUGCUAUUUUUAGAUAACAACCAGUUAACGGGCUCCAUUCCACGUGGCAUCUUUAGUCUUCCAUCCAUUAGAAUGAUGAGGAUUUCGAACAAUUACCUCUCGGGUGUGCUUCCAAGUGACGAUAUGUGCAACAAUCUCCCCAACCUCACUAAGCUUUCCGUGUCGUUCAAUCAACUGGAGGGCCGAAUUCCACCAAAUAUAGGCAACUGCACAAAGCUUGAGAUCUUGGGGUUAUCCAUUAACCGUUUCAAUGGGGAAAUCCCAAGUGAAAUUGCAAGUUUGAGCAUGCUUAGGGAGUUGUACCUGGGCUAUAACAACUUUAAAGGAGGAAUCCCACCAGAAUUUGGAAACCUUUCACGGCUACAGAUAUUAAGCAUCCCCAAUGCUUCUCUCACAGGAAAUGGCACCAUACCCAACUUGGGCAGCUUAAGGCUCUUACGUACGCUAUACAUUUGGGGUAAUUCUCUAAGUGGAUUAGGAUUAAUCUCUUCAUUAGCUAAUUGCCAGUUUUUGGAGCAUUUAGUGAUUUCGUUCAACCCACUUAACGGCGUCCUCCCUGAUUCCAUUGGGAAUUUAUCAAAAUCUCUUACAUUCUUUGGGGCACAUGGCUGCAACAUUAAUGGAGGUAUUCCUUCUACCAUCGGAAACCUGAUUGGUCUGCAACUUUUAGACUUAUCAGAAAAUCAGAUCACAGGAGUUAUCCCUCCAACAAUAGAGAAAUUAAAUCGGCUUCAAAGAUUAGUUCUUUAUGUCAAUCAACUGCAUGGGUUUAUCCCUCCAAAUAUUUGUGGGAUGAGUAAUAUAGGUGAAUUGUACCUUGAAGAAAAUAACCUCACAGGUCCCAUACCUGAAUGCUUCGGUGAGCUUAAAUCUCUAAGAAAUGUCUACUUAGGUUCCAACAAGUUGAAUUCCAGCAUACCUCUAAACUUUUGGAAUUUGAAGGACCUUUUGUUUCUCAACUUGUCCUCAAACGGUUUGAGUGGUCAACUUCCAUAUGAAAUUGCAGGUUUGAGACAAAUAAAUCAACUAGAUUUGUCCCAUAAUCAAUUUUCAGGAGACAUUCCUAGAUCGAUUGAUGGUUGCGAAUCAUUAACAUCUCUAGAUUUAUCGGACAACAAAUUUGAAAGAUCCAUUCCUCCAUCACUGGGGAAUAUCAGAGCCUUGAGGGCAUUGAAUUUAUCUAAUAACAAUCUUUCGGGGCCGAUCCCGGAGUCCUUAGAGGGCCUCAAAUUCCUUCAAUACUUUAAUGUGUCUUACAACAAAUUAGAAGGAAUGAUUCCAACAGGUGGCCCUUUUGUUAACAUUACUGCCCAAUCUUUUCUUCACAACUCUGCUCUUUGUGGAGAUCAAAGAUUUCAAGUGCCUCCAUGCAUUGGAAAUAAUGUGAAGAAUUCUAGACUAAAGAAAGUUGAUCGGCUGGUGAAGUAUAUUGUGCCUCCAUUCAUUUCAGUUAUCAUCUUAGCAGCCAUAAUACUAUUUGUGUUUGUGAGGACACAAAAACCAAAAAGAGGGCUUGCUCCUAUUGAUGAUGUUCCGCUUGGUGUUACUUGGAGAAGAAUCUCAUACAUAGAACUUGUUAGGGGAACUGACAACUUCAGCGAAACAAACUUACUUGGAAAUGGCAGCUUUGGUUCGGUUUUCAAAGGGGUGCUUUCUGAUGGACUAAAUGUUGCAGUGAAAGUCCUCAACUCGCAAUUAGAAAGAGCUAUCCGCAGUUUUGAUACGGAAUGUGAAAUACUUAGCAGCAUUCGACACAGAAACUUGGUCCAAAUAAUUGGUUGUUGUAGCAACACAGAAUUCAAAGCUUUGAUUCUCGAGUUCAUGCCAAAUGGCAGCCUAGAGAAAUGGCUGCACUUGGAAAAUUGUGUCUUGGAUUUGCUACCAAGGCUGCAAAUUGCAAUAGAUGUUGCAUUAGCCUUGGAAUAUCUCCACCAUGGCCACACAUUCCCAGUUGUUCAUUGCGAUAUAAAGCCGAGUAAUGUGGUGCUUGAUGAGAAUAUGGUUGCCCACCUUUGUGAUUUUGGUAUAGCCAAGCUCUUUGAUGAUGGGGAGAAUAAUGUUCUUACGAAAACCUUGGGGACAAUUGGUUACGCCGCACCAGAGUAUGGAUCAGGAGGCAGAGUGUCAACAAGUGCAGACGUUUAUAGUUAUGGCAUACUGUUGCUGGAAAUGUUCACGAGCAAGAAGCCGACCGAUGAUAUUUUCAAUGAAGAGAUGUGCAUGAAGGAGUGGGUACUUGAAGCUUUACGAGAAAAUGCAGUAGCUAAAAUCGUGGGCACUCAUUUGCUAGCAAGUGACGAUCAACAUUUUCAUGCAAGGGAAGAAUGUGUCUCUUCUAUCUUUGGUUUGGCAAUGAGAUGUCUGGCUGUUAUGCCCGAUGAAAGGAUCAACAUGACGGAAACAACAACUACACUGCAGAGGAUUAAAGCCAAAGUUGUGGCUGACACUACAAGUCGUCAACAAUAUGCAUUGUCUAUUAUUUCGAGACGAUAG